AUGGACAAGAACAAAAUGGACCCCGAGGAGCAGAACAAGAUGCUGGAGGAUGGACUGUACUCCCUGCCCCAAGAGCUCUUCAACGAAAUCCGCAAGCUCGUCUUCGAAGCACCUUCAGGAACCCGAGUCAUCGACAAGGACUACAAGCCGCCAAGCUCACUGCAAGUGUCGAAGGAGACGCGAGAGGUCUUCGCCAAGACGUACUACGGCAACGGAUCUGUGUUUGAAAUCGAGAAGGCCGUCGCAGAGAAAUGGAUUGACACCAUACCUAUCAAGCACACCGAUCUCAUCCAAGAAGUGAAGAUUGUGGGCCCUGGAUAUGAAGCACCAGUGGAGCACGGGUACACGGACGGCAGGUUGGUACGCGCACCACCCAUGCACCACGAGUUUCCAGGCCGUGAAUGGUUCGUCGAAGCAGCAGCACGGGUGGUGUAUGAUGAACAGCACGGCUCCAAGUCACGCAUCCCGACCAAGGUAGCCAAGAGGCUGGGCUACGACGAGAGAGCGUCCUCGGUCGGCCGGCACACUUUCAGGUGCCUUAACGCACCUCCCAUAACCCCGUCCCUGGCUAUAUUUGGCUUGGGGUUUCGGCACCAUCUUCGCAGUAUCGAUCGGAGUGGUUAG